CAUUUCGAUUCUGUCCCCCACGCACACGCAGUCAGUCAGCAGGUAGAAACAAGCGCCCUAACGUAUGUUGAGUAGACUGAAUCCUCGGUGUUUUUUUCCCUUAUUAUUAUCGUCGAGGUGGAGGUGGGGGAGGUUAGAAACAAAACUGACGAGAUGCACCAGUUGGACGGAUGCUGCAGCGCGUAAAAAGCUGUGGAUGGUUCCCCUCUGCUCGCUUAAGGGGCAAUUUUAGUGGCAAAAGUUGCAGAAGCACACCGGCUGCGGUCCACUUCUCCCGUACGCUCAGGCACCGCUCACAAGCAGGCUGGAAGACCACCAGGCUCAGAGGACGCAUCUUCGCAGGGCGCAGAUGAUCGCAACUGGUGUUUGUGGCGUGGCGCUGGUCCUGGUGCUGGUGGUGCUCAUCCCGGCCAUGGUCAACUCCGCCGGAACCCCCGCCCGCUACGAGAUGCUCGGCUCCUGCCAAAUGGUGUGCGACCCCCACGGGACGACCGCCACGGCUCCGGCGAAGGCGGCGGUCGGUCCGGUGAAAGACACCAACGGCCUGACGCAGUCCCUGCCUACUUUCAUCCAAGGUCCGCAAGGGGAGCCGGGACGCGUGGGCAGGAUGGGUCCGAGGGGUCCGGUGGGCGAGCCCGGUCCGCCGGGUCCCGCUGGUCCGCCCGGGGAGAGAGGGGCACCCGGUCUUCCGGGUCCACCCGGAGCGAGUGGACCUACUGGUGCAAUCAGCGCUGCCACUUACAACACCGUCCCAAAGAUCGCCUUCUAUGCAGGACUCAAGAAGCAGCACGAAGGAUACGAAGUGCUCAAAUUCGACGACGUGGUCACAAAUCUGGGGAACCACUACGACCCCGCCACGGGCAAGUUCACAUGUUCGAUACCCGGGAUUUACUUUUUCGUUUAUCAUGUGUUGAUGCGAGGCGGGGACGGGACCAGCAUGUGGGCCGACCUGUGCAAGAACAACCAGGUCAGAGCCAGCGCCAUCGCCCAGGAUGCCGACCAAAACUACGACUACGCAAGCAACAGCGUGGUCUUGCACUUGGAGCCCGGCGAUGAGAUCUUCAUCAAGCUGGACGGGGGCAAGGCCCACGGGGGCAACAACAACAAGUACAGCACCUUCUCGGGCUUCAUGCUGUACGCCGACUGAAGAACCGGCCACCCUCCCGGCUCAACGCUCAACGCUCAUGUUGCUCACAUUCCAUAACUCGGAUUAGUAGAGACAGAGCUUCUUCUCCAUGUCGUCCAUACCCCCCCCCGCCCCCCCCAACGAAUGAGCCUGUGGAGGUUGUUGUACAGUGUCAUCACACACAGAAGGGAAAUUGUACUGCUUACAGCUCAUUGACAUGUCAAUCAGUGUGAUUGGUGCUGCUGCAUGCUGUGUGAUGAGCUGUGAAGCAAUACCACCUUAAUGCUACCACAUAUCAUAAUGUAGCCGCUGCCAUCUAAUACAGUAAAUACAGUACAUGUCUUCACCCCACCAAUAGUCCUACGCACAAACUCGACUUCCUUUUCCUCUUGGUGAAGUUUGUUUAGCAAACAGGUAUGCAACCGUUAUGUUAACAGGUAUGUUAACUCGAGGGUGAUGGAGCCUAGCCAAGCUGUCUUCAGGCGAGAGGCGGAGUACACCCUGGACUGGUGGCCAGCCAAUCACAGGGCACAUAUAGACAAACAACCAUUCACACUCACAUUCAUACCUAUGGACAAUUUGGGGUCGCCAAUUAACCUAGCAUGUUUUUGGAAUGUGGGAGGAAACCGGAGUACCCGGAGAAAACCCACGCAAAAUCCACACUGAGAUUGCCGAGGGUGGAAUUGAACUCGGGUCUCCAAGCUGUGUGGCGCUAACCACUCGGCCUUUUCUGGUGUAUUUUAGGUAAAAUCAGUCCGGAUAUCUGGAAGAUCUGGGUUCUAAUCUCUGUUGGAGACCUGUGUGUGGAGUUUGCAUGUUUUCCCCGUGUGUGCGUGGGUUUUUUCCGGGUACUCCAGUUUCCUCCGACAUUCCAAAAACAUGCAUGUUAGGUUAACAGGUGUCUCUAAAUUGUCCAUAGGUAUGAAUGUGUGAAAGCUUAUUUGUCUAUUUGUGGCCUGCAAGUGGCCCAAAGUCACUAGGAUAGGCUCCGGCAUACCCAUGUGACCCUGGUGAGGACGAGCGGCAUAGAAAAUGGAUGGACUUAUUUAUUACCUCCACCAAGUGCAAAAGGUACAAACUAAAUGCGCUUGGCGGGAGAAUAAGUAGUCACAUGGUGAACACCAAGGAAAGAAAACAACACUUUCAUUCCAUGUUGUUAACUUUCUUCCUUUCACUAUGUCACACAAGCGUGAUCAGACACCUGAUAGCGAAAGCGAAAGUGAAAACAUUGUAAAAUGAUCACAAAGUGGAGAUCUUCUCCAUGUGGUGUCAUUAAUGAGACUUCCUGUUUCUCCCUCCCUUGCAACGCCCCUUCCAGUGUGCAUAGCCAACUUGAGAGACACAAGUAUGGGGUUGUUGUCAUUUAUGUGACUGCUUCAUUUCAUCAUUUUAUUACUGUGUCAUUUGUUCUGUGUACAAUGUAAGUGACUUAGGUGUUCAUUUACAUAAAAGUUAUGAAAAAGUCCACAUCGCAUUCAUUGGAACGGAACUCGUACAUAGAGCAAGGUUGCAAGAUUACUUAUAGAUUAUAAUAACCCUAUACAUUUUCGUGACAUUUUAGUGUAAUCUGUCUUCAAAUUGGGCUGUUUGUUCAUAAUGGAAUCAUUCCGGAACCAUUCCGGAAAUGCUUUCAUGAGAAAAUUGUAGCCCCUUUCACACAGAUUCCACAGAAUAGGGAGAAACCAAGAGCUGACAUGACGCCACCCAGCCAAGGUGUAUGGAUAUUUUUGCAACUGUGUGUUCUUUCAUCAAAUUCAAACUGGCAUCACACAGUUGGAAAAUGAUAUCACAAAGCAAUAGUAGCCACUUUCACACAGCAACGUUGAAAAACAGCCUAAACAGAAGAUGUUAAACCAUCCAUAGCAAAGGUGGGAUGAUUUGGAAACAGUGCACACUGUCACUCAGCGAACUCACAUCCCGUAAUUAGACUGUUGUGAUGCACACAAUUAUUGAAAGAAAUAAGAAAUAAGUGUUCCGGCAUUCCGGUAUUUACUUUUCACGGCAAAAUAUCCCCAGAUGAACUCUCAAUUGAAGUCAAUCAUUGUACGUCAGUGUUGUUUAUCCACUUCAUGGACUUCAGCCAGUGGGGAAAAGGGCGUAUGAAUCCCGGAUGGAAGAGGCUGUGUGUGAAAUAAGUGUUUGAAUCCAUUUGCUGCCAUCCUGUUACCAUAAUUGUUCUACUACAUUGAGAGCAUACAUACUGUAGCUGCAUCAUUUGUUCACUUUGGCGAGUACUGUUGUAGUUUUGUUCAGUAGCCCGUACAUUAAAACUUCUUCC